AACUAAACACGGAACUGCGAGCAAAUUUGUCCAAUAAAGUAUCUACGGAGUUUUGAGGGUUGCCUCGUACAUGGCAAUGUGUGAGUACGCUGAGAUUCCUAAACGAAGUUACAUGAUAAUUUUAUAAAUUCUUCAAGAGAUAAUGAAUCAAAAUAUCUAAUUAAGUGAGCGUCUGACAUUUAUUGUGUUAUGCUAAUGAUUUACUUUGCUCUGUUAGCUUUUAUUCUUCUGAUCCUGUCCGUGGCCGGUGGAAUAUUCUCUGCCAGUAUCGCAAUAGUUGUUUGUACAAUAACGUUUCGCUAUAGAAGCAGAAAACUCGCCAAGAUGAAGAACAACAGUCAGCCAGGAGAAAUCCAGGAGUUGGAGCCCAUCUUGCCAUCAGCACUCGGCAGUGUAGAAUUAGGUGACGAGGAGAAAAACAAAGAAAAUCUCUCUCCGUGUCCAUCUUGCCGAAAAGUAUCAACGUUUUACAGUCCAUGCGAGUGUGACAUGAUUUCUGCUCAAAAAUUAGAGAAUAAACCGUGUCAGUUGCAGUUUUCUCUUUAUUACAAUUUUCAUAAAUCUCGCUUAUUCAUUAAUAUCAUGUGCGCUUUAAAUGUUCCGAUACGAUGGUAUGGAAAACACCCACCAACACAAGUGCGAUUUCAACUUCUGCCAGACGACUUCAACAUUUAUCGAACAGAAAUCAAAAGCAGCACUGCAGAACCAAUAUUUAACGAAACAUUCGAGUUUAUUGGUUACUCAGAGAACGAUCUCAUGGAAUUAACCCUUCGCCUUGGUCUGUAUGGAUAUGAUAAGUUUAGCAGAGGGAAAAUGAUCGGCUACACGGAUGUGCGAUUUAAUUUGGAGAAAUUUCACCCUAGUGAGCCAACGAUAAUAUGGAGGAACUUGUUACCCAAAUCUCAGGUAAGACAAGCUUACACCGGGUUAUGACCCUGUUUCAGUUAUCCUUUUAGUAUAACGUGCUAAUGAAAGACGAUGAAUUGUAGAGGACUAUAAUUAGACGCAACUCCUGCCAUAACAUUAUAUUAACUAAUUAAGAAGACAUUGCCCUCUAAGUGUUUAAAAACGUUUUCUUCUUUCACUUCCUUAUUAAGUUCAAUGUUGUGUGUUUGGUGUUCAGAGAUGUUUUGAAGAACUUAGAGAAUUUCAAAUAUACCCCGCACAGAAGUUCAGAUUCUUAGUUUCAUCUCGACGGGAAGCAUGUUUCAGCUCUCACCGCGGAAAAACGCGAAACAGACUACCCGGUGAAACUUCAAAGCAUAUUCCGACAUAAUGUCUAAUAUUGGCCAUCUAAUCCAUCUAACUUCCGAUGAAAGAAAUUGGGUUGAGUUGCGUUGGCAGAGAAUUAAGGCUAAAUCAUCUUAAAUAUUGUAGCCAUUUAUCUGAUGAAGGUGUAAUCACGUAACUAUGUGGACUGAUUUAAUUGCGGCUUUUGAUUCAAGCUUGGUAGCAUUAGAUCAUUGACACCUCUCAGUGAUCUUCUCGGCCUCAGUAUUCAGUAUUGUUGGUGUCCAUGAUCAGUAACAAACUACAAUGUCGGUCCUUAACGGUAAUUCAAAACCUCUUCAUUAGACGAAGCACACUUCUUGUUGACCCUUGUAGAAUUCGGAAUGUUUGAGCUAUUUGGAAAGAAGUUUCUUAUUCCACUUUGGUGCACUUACUUCUUUACCUAAAAAUAUGUUUAUUGGUAUAAAGAGGCAAGGCUGCAUCUAAAAGGUAAAGUUCUGGCGCCUGAAAACAAAAUUAAGCUAAGAGUAAUGAUCAAAGUAACAAUAUCCGACAAACAGGUUAGGAAUUUUUGACAUCGUUUGUCAGUUUCAGUUUCGUGAGUGUAACCGAAGGUCCAUCGAGACAGUAAAACCUUAAACUUACUAGAACCACUGCAAUGUGAGUGAGCUGUAAGCAUUGUCAGCAUCCGCCAAUACAACAUAACCUUGGUCACACGUAUACUGGCUGAUGAUAUUCCGAACUAGAGUUUGAGGUACACGUAGCAAAUUCAAAAGGCUAAAAAGUGCAAAUCCGAUUUGCAGUGUGAUUUUAUUUUCAGCCUGUCUUAAAAAAUUUUUAAAAUUCUUCUGUAGGGCUACUGGUGUUCACUUUGAAUAACGAAAAUAGUAAAUUUUCACCAAUCUUAAUACGGCCGAUGCAAAAUUUGAGGUAUGAUAGCUAUUAUACUGUAAUCUAUCGAAGUCUUACUUGAAUACAUCUUGAAAGCGAAUCAAUUCUAAAAAGAUAAAGGAGAAAAAUCUAGCUGAAGGAAAGCGAACUGUAGAAGCAUAAGGUAUCGAGAACAGAAAAAGCGAAGAAGAAGGUAAAAAUGUAUUAAAAGAAAGAGCAUUAAAAGAAUAAUGACAACAACUUUUUUUAGUGAAGUUUAGAACACAAAAAGUCGUGGUAUGUUGAGUAAGAAUCACUAAAGCUCAACGCAUAACUGACCCAAACUGAGAAAACCGGCUCACAAAUUUAAACGCGAUCUCACUCUGAUGAGCCCUAGAUUAGUCCAAAUUAGAGGAGAGUUGGUCAAAGUUAGCCCACUACGCUUCGUAAAACUCACUUUUCUAAGUUUUAGAAGUACCAACUUCUAGAUCAACGAGCGGCUUUUGGAAGAUUAAAAAUGCAUCUACAAUUUGGACCUAAAAUGAAGGACAUUUACGAAGUAGAAGAAUUAUCUUUUUGCACUUUAAAUUCCACAAAAUUCGGUCCUUUUUAGUAUGAAAGUCAUUAUCAAGAUAGAUUUUCUUAAAGCCCCUACAACCCACCAACAAUCAACGCACGGAAAAUGGCAGAUUUAUCUUCCGUCGAACAGAAUCCGUUUAAUUUCGAAAAUUGUUCAACGGGAACAACUAUCCUUUUCAGUUUGAAAACUGUCAUUGGAUAACAAUAUACCUGUCAAACUAAACAAUGCCCAUUGUAAAAUCAGUAGCACUUGUAGAAUUAUUAACAAUCGCCGCGAAUUUUAAACUCUUUCGGUACGUCAGCUGCUAUACCUUGCUCUUACUUACCGUAUGAUAAAUUUCAGUAAUGGGAGCUCUUUCCAUUGCUCUUUGAAACUGUAUGCAAAUUUGUAAGUUUUCAACAGAGAUAAAAGGAUCUCCAGAAAGCGUUUUUCAGUGAUGUUCCUAAAAGUUGUCUCAGACUUCCUACCGGAUAACUCCAUCUAAUGCUUUCUUCAAAGUUAAUUUAUCUUCUAUCCGAAAAGAAAGUUUUAAAGCGAUUUGACCUUCCGAUAAGCAAUAACCUGUUAACGUCGCCACUGCGGGCAUCUAAAGUUUUUUUAGGGCAAUUUUCAAGCUAAAUGCUUUUUGUAUUAUACAUAAUUUUGAAUUUUUAUUAAAUUUCGUAUAUUAAUUUUAUCAAUUGUAUCAUGUAAAUAAUCUUGAAUUGUGAAUAAAGUUAUUAUUAUUAUUAUUAUAACCUGUUUCUACCUCGGAAAAUAUUUCAACAAAGUUUGCGUUGUCUCGAUAACAUGCCGAAGUUUCACAAGGACUUUUCGAGUUUUCGUGUGGCCAAGCUGUAGGUUGUGGCAAAAGGCAUAGCUAUAGCCUACAAAGAUGCAAGGUUUUCAUGUUAUUUGACGGUUUGCCUCGAUGAGAGGUUUAAUUCGGACAGAAAUUUGUUACUGAGUAUCCUUAGUUGUUUCUGCGACACGCGAUAUGUCGCUAUAAAUGAGUGAUAAUGCUUAACCUAAAAGAAAACUUGAGGGGUCAGCGAAAUUUAAGCAGGUGAUAGGUUGGCUGAAAGUAGCGCGCAAACGGCCAUUGGAGGUUUUAAGUUGUAAAACUUGCGGGUAAUAUUACAGAUCUAUAACUUUUCUGCUACGGCAAGUAAAUGCUACGAGAACAAUAGGCACUCUGGAGCAAGUCAGUUUCCCAGAAAACGAAGGCAUUUAAAAAUUUAAAUGGAGGCGCUUCAAGUUAGAAAAUUUAUUCAAGUUUUCACAUGUUUACAUUUUGCGAAAUCUCGUUUGAUUGCAGUCAAGAGGACGCUCUCUAAGUUUUGGCAGAGGUGAAAUACAUAUCUCGUUCCGCUACGAGGCAAAACGACAAAGACUCAACCUUAUCAUCUUGAAAGCCACAAAUCUAGUGAGAACCAGCAAGUUCUUGAAUGCCGGUGAGUGUACUGUUUCUUGGAUGAAUUAGAAUGUUUAAAGACUCUGAUUAAAAGAAAUGGUUGAGAAGAACAAGAAAGAAAAAAUGAAUCCGUUGCUACCUGCAACAGAUACAUCCCACCAUCUACUAAUGGGCUAGCCCGGCUUUUUAAUUUUUAGCGAGUUCAUAACCUUAGGUCACAAGACUAAAAUAUAAAGUGACAUUUUUAAGUUAGAGUCUGAAGAAUAUUUAUUAAAAAACUCCUCAAAAAUCGGCAACUAUUCGAAUUUUGCUCCUCCUUUUUUUUCUUUUAGCACCGUACGUGUGUGUAAUGCUGGAGGCAAAUGGCACGGUAUUGGAAACCAGACAAACUAAGAAAACACACGGUGUAAAUGCGGUGUGGAAUCAAGGUUUCCUAUUUGAUGUCGACGGCGAAACUAUAAAUGAAUACUCCCUCACUAUCCGAGUUUUGAACCAUGAUCUACUGACUACGGACGAGAUCAUCGGUGAAAUGACAAUUGGACCUCUGUGUGAGGGAACUGGUAAAGAGCACUGGGACGAAGUCAUGAGGAAACGGCACUCGGGAAGAGAGGUGGCAAUGACACACAUUCUUUCGUGAGUUAACGCAUCUUAAGCAGCUAAAAUUCUCCAAUCUCCAAACAGACGUCAACAUAGUAACUCCGCAUGUUAGUGAGGUUUGUAGGGUUUUCAAAUAUAAGUGUUUCGGCGAUACAUUAAGGUUAAUCUAUGCAACUGCUUGAAUUUGGCAUCAGACUCUUCAGGCGUUUACUGAGGACCACCGUAGUAAUAGCAAGAUUGAGGACAAAACAAAAGUAUAUAGCAGCAAAUUCAAUUAGAAAUAGUUUAAUAUAUUAUUUACCAAAUAUUAUAACUUUUUUUAAAACAAGGAUUGUAUUUACAGUUUUGCAUGAAAAACAAUUAUUAAAUAAACAAUCCAUGAGAGAGUGUAACAGACGUCAUCCUAUCCAAUAUGGCAAGCGUAACUGGGCUGGGAUUUACACACCUUGUUUCCCUAAAGUCCAGCUCGGCAAAACGACAUGGAUAAUUAACGUGAAAAGUGAUAUGACGUUUGGCGCAAUUUCAUCUUGAAAGAGGCUGAAAGAAAAGACAUACUUUGUGAGAAGAGAAGCUGAUUUUAGCCUGUUCGUUUUCCA